AGACCCGCAUCCAGAAGACCACGCUCCCACGCACACAGCCACGCUCGCCCGCACUCCCACCGCGAGCCUGACAGCAGAGAAGCUGGGGACUUGGAUUCAGGAGAGCCCAGCAGUUCCAUUUCCGAGCUGCGCUACCUUUUAAGAUGGCUUCAGAAAAGUCUUCCAUUUGUUGUGAUUCUUUGUGCUAAACUUGUUACGCAGCAUGCAUUAGGUAUUGCUAUUGGUGUCGGGCUACUUACAACUUUUCUUUAUGCAAAUAAAACGAUUCAAAACCAAGUUUUCCUGCGGGAGCGACGUUCAGUCAUACAGUGUGCUUGGCUUGUGCUGUUCCUGACAUCAUCCUCACUUUGGCUGUAUUACACUUUCCAGGCCGAGUCACUGUAUUGCUGCUUAAUCUUCGUGAACCCCAGCAUUGAAUCUUUGGGACUGUGGGAUGUCCUAUGGAUUGUUGGAAUCACAAACUUCAUAUUGAAGUUUCUCUUCAUGGGAGUGAAGUGCCUUAUCUUAGUAAUGCCUUCCGACAUCAUGUCUUAUAGAUCAAGGGGGCGGUGGUAUAUGCUAACUGAGGAGAUCAAUCAGCUUUACCAGUCAGUGGCCCCUUUCCCUGUGUGGUUUCGCUACCUGAUUACCUAUCAAGAGCUGGACAGCUACACUGGAUUGACGCUGGGAAUACUUCUGGCUUUGGUCUACCUCAUACUUAAGCUUCUGGGACUGUAUGGACAGUGGGGUCCUUUUCAGAAAACGAUGAGGAUAUUUUGCAACAAAGAGCAUAAUGGGGUGAUGGCCACUAAGAACCAGUGUGCUGAAGCCGGAGACGAUUGUCCAAUCUGCCAAGCUGAAUUCAGAGAACCCUGUCUCCUUCCAUGCCAGCACAUGUUCUGUGACGAGUGCAUCUCGUUGUGGUUAAAUCAGGAGAAGACGUGUCCGCUCUGUAGAACUGUGAUUGCAGACAGUAUUCACAAAUGGAAGGACGGUGCUACUUCUAUGCAUCUACAAAUCUACUAAAGAACUGUACUGUAUGUGUUUAAGAGGCUGAUAUAAAUGCAGGUUUAGUAUCUGAACAUGUACAAUUAGUAUUGGGCUAGUACUUAUAAGCAAUACAGAAAUUAUGUAUUUUUAUUAUAACAAUUGCUCCUGAAUGUAAAUAUUUGUAAUUUAAAAAAAAUAAAUUUAAAUACAGCUUUGAUAGUGGAAACAGAUUUCCGUUAUUCCAUUUCACAGUACGUGUUAUAAUAGUUCUGUGGCUUUUAUACACUGUUAGCACAAAUUGAUUUUGUUUUUGUUUGAUGCAUUUCUUUACUAGCGAGUGAUGAUCCUAGGUCUUCAUUUAUCUUUUUUUCUUAGUAGAUUUCACAAUGUCUUUCAGUGCCGGUUCUUGACAGGUAAUCCAGCUCUAUGGUGGGCAAAAAUGGGUCCAUAAUGGUUUUUUCAAAGAGUAUCAAGUUCUGUUUUUCACUGCAUUCAGGCUGAAUCAGGCUUUAUAUACACAGGGAAUUGGGUCCUAUUUAUCAUACUCUGACAAUAAAACAGAGUUUUUUAAAUGCCGAACAGCAGCUUGGGGUGUUUUUUGUUUUUACAUUUUAAAGUGUGUUGCUUAGUUAGGGUGAUUUUUAAAGCAUGUUCUUUUCUGUUAUCUCUACACACAGUUUGAUUUGUCUGUAUUUUGCAAGGAAGCACUCGCAUAAUUACUUUUGUUUUAAAACCAGCUAUAACAUAGUUACUCUAACCACACUCCUUUUUAAAUAAGUAAUUCUGUUUAUAAAGUAUUAUUUAGGAAUACCACAUUUAAGUGUUUUGGUGGUCAGUUUACUGAUUGGUGCAGUGCUACACAAUUUAAGCCAAAUUAUAAUAUUCCCAACUUUUUGUUUAAGACUUUGUACAUAUUGCACAUUAUUAUAAUAUGUUGCGUUUUGAAUUUGUUUUUCUUCAAACCUUAUGAUCUUGCGUUCAACAUUUAUCAAAUAAAACUCUCCAUUUGUUUUUGCUUAUUUGUGCAUUUUGUUUAUUUUUCUGUCUUGAAUAGAACAGAUCUUGGGAUCCAGACCAUCAGCUUGGUGCUUUCUCAUGUAUUACUAUCAUUCUUGAUGGGAGAUACAAUGGCAAAACACAAGGGGCCCAAACUCAAAAAACUACAUUCACUAAGGGUUAAUUACUGAAGCGUUACUUUUUAAACAAACACAAGUGUAACUUCUUGCAGUUGAUAUACAGAAGUACAAGACGGUUAACAAUUUACAGCAAAUCACAGCCUACCUGUGUAAAACGCUUUGUGAUGGUGGUUCGCUGUGAAAGGCACUAUAUAAAAAUAUAUAUUAUUAAAUGAUUCUGCCCAGACAAGAUACGUGCAACAAACAUGAAAACUAUAUUAAAAUGUCACGUAUAACUAACUAGUGGCUGAUUCUAAAGUGAUUUAUUGUCUUGAUGUAUGUGUAGCAGUUGCAGGUAGAUAGGAAAGCUCUCCAUUUCUCACAAUCACUUUUUGUUCAAGCAAGCCAUAACAACUAACACCCAUUUGUGAAGAAGAUUCAGAUUUACUCUAUGUGCUUAGGAAUUUCUUUAAAAGAUGCAAAGCCCAACACAAUAAAAGUUUCACAUAGAAUAAAUCAAAUCCUAGAAUUCUUAUUCUAUGCCCAAGAAUUUCAACGAAAAGUUAUACAUUUGAACAAUUUAUUUAAUUAUAAAACAAAGACGGCUGAGGAUCAGAUUUAUUUUCAGCAUCUACUUGUACUUCGCAGAGAAAUAGUUGCAAUUUGUGUAAGACAAAAAAUUAAAAAGGCACAAGCCAAAUUCAUCUUUUUUUGAAUUUGUAGUAUCUUACCUCCCCAUUUACAGAUUAUAAUGCAAUUACAGACAAGAUGUUAAAAGCACAUGGUGAAAUGGUAAUCUGAAUCAGCUUUUAACUUAAACUACAGUUCAUGUUUCCAGUAGUUGUGUAUUGAUACUCGAUUAAAAACUUUAGGAAUCCAAGUUUCAUUAUUCAAGUUAACACUUUGCACAGCAGGUUACAGUUUAUUCCCCAGCAUUACACCCCUGUUUUCACUACAUACCCAAGUGUGAAAUAAGGAUUAAAACAAAUUGAAGAGUUCAUUUUAGCUUGAAUAUUGUAUACAGAGUGUACAUGUUAAAUACAAUAGCUACUACUGUACUUAAAGUACUGUAAUACGUUAAAUAAAAAAUAAUUAAAAAAAAAAAAACAGGAAGAGAAAUUGUCCAAUAGGCUCCAACCUAAUCUCUAAAUGUAGCAUUAUUUAAAAAAAGAAUUACAAUUUUAAGACUGAUGCUCUUAAGUUUUAAAUUUACUUCCAUAAGCAUUAAGAGUACAACAGGCCUACAUUUCAGUCUUUUUACAAAUAAAUAGUUAAUUUGCAUAGUGUGCUUGAUUGAAAAUAAAUGGCACUUAAGUAAAAUAAUAAUACAAAAUUCACAGUAAUGACAUGGUAUUGUUUGCA